GGCCGUUCCUUCUGCCCGCGAACCGGAAGCUGGCGAUGGCGCGGAACGUGCUGUACCCGCUCUGCCAGCUGGGCGGCCCCCAGCUCCGUGUGUUCCGCACCAACUUCUUCAUCCAGCUGGUGCGGCCCGGCUCGGCCCAGCCCGAGGACACCGUGCAGUUCCGGAUCCCCAUGGAGAUGACCAGGGUGGACCUGCGGAACUACCUGGAGCGCAUCUACGGCGUGCCUGUGGCCGCCGUGCGGACCAGGGUGCAGCACGGUCCUGGCAGGAAGAGGGACCACAGGAACGUGCGGGUGAAGACCCCGGACCACAAGGUGGCCUACGUGCAGCUGGCCCACGGGCAGACCUUCACGUUCCCCGACCUCUUCCCCGAGAGGAAGCCGGGCGCCGGCGGCGAGGGCGGCCCCGCGGAGGACAGCGCCCAGGAGGAGCUGCUGGAGGAGCAGCGGGAGAGGCAGCGCGGUGACCCCCGGCGCGGGGGCGUCCCUGACUGGUUUGGCCUGUGACGGGCCGACGCCCCAAUAAAAGUGCCCCUUGUGACCGAGAA